GAGCCAAAAUGGUGCCCAUGGUUCGUUCGAGAAGAACCACUUGGGAGGGAUAACCAGAUAGCCAAUGAAAUAGAACUGUGUUUGGAAAAUAUUAAGGAAAUAUCUUUCACACGCUUGUCUGCUGUUUUGUUUUACAAACGUCUAGCAGCAGCUACAACUAACGGUAGCUAGUAACGCAAGAAACAGGAGAUAGCUAUGCGCCUGUUUUAAACGACCAGUUCGCUAACGUUAGUUACUAAGACAUUUCUAAGUGGACUCUGUCUGACAGCAUAAAGCGAGGAUGGCUCAGUGGGACCGACUGAGGGAUCUGCCUGCUCCUUACCCACAGCAGCUACAUGAGCUCUAUGACAGGGAUGCUCUGCCUAUGGACGUGAGGCACUACCUGUCAGCCUGGAUAGAGAAGCAGGAGUGGCAACUAGCAGCACGGGACCAUGACUUGGCAAUGGUGCUGUUCCAGGUCCUGCUGGAGAAUCUGGAUAUACAGCACAGCCGCUUUGUUCAGGAGGAGUCAUUCUUAAUGCAGCACAACAUUAGACGCUACAAACAGAACUUUCAGAGGUACCUGGAUGACCCGUGUGCCUUGGCAAGCACAAUCCUAUGGUUUUUGGAAAAAGAGAAGGAAAUCCUGCUGAGUGUUGAUCUGACUAAGCAGGUCCAGUGUUUGCAAGUAGCUCAAGAAGCCAUGGAGAUCAGCAGCCAGCAGGACCUUGAACGUAAAAUGGCUGGCCUCCGGAAUGAAGUGCAGUGCAUGGAUCAUACAAUGUUCUGUCUGGAGGAGCAGCAGGACGAGUUUGAUUUUAAAUUCCAAACCUAUAAAAUGGAAGCUGUGGUUGAUGAGGCGGGGAAGAAGGAAAAAGAGAAUGUUUUUCAGUUACUUAUCAACAGACUGGAUGAACGUAGAAAGAGCACCCUGUCAGACCUAGAUAUGAUCCUGGACAGGACUGAUGACCUCAUCGGUAUAUUGGUGAAAAAGGAGCUGGUGGAGUGGCAGAGGAGGCAGCAGAAGGUCUGCAUUGGUGCUCCAGACAAUGUUUGUCUGGAUCAGCUGGAGAAGUGGUUCACCUGCGUGGCAGUGUGUCUGUUCCAGGUGCGGGAGUUUCUUGGUAAGCUGCAGGAGCUGAUGGAAAAAGUGUCCUAUGGAAACGACCCGGUGAAGGCCCAAAGACCCGCAAUGCAGAAGAGAGCCGAUACUCUUCUAAAAGACUUACUCAAGAGUUCCUUUGUGGUGGAGACUCAGCCCUCCAUGCCUCAGGGGAAAGGACCACUGGUGCUCCGCACAAACGUCCAGUUCUCUGUCAAGACCAGGCUUCUUGUUAAGUUCCCUGAGCUGAACCACUCCAUGAAAGUGAACGUGUCCAUGGACAGGGAGGCUCCUCAGAUCAAAGGAUAUCGGCGUUUUAAUGUCCUCGGCACCAAAACCAAGUCCUUGAACAUGGCAGAGAGCCAGAGUGGAGGCAUGGUAGCAGACUUCAGACAUCUUACUCUGAAGGAGCAGAAGUCUGGAGGUGGCGGCAAAGGAGUCAGUGAUAUUUCUCUCAGUGUCACAGAGGAGCUGCACAUCAUCUACUUUGACACUGCAUUUGAGAUGAAAGGCUUGUCAGUUGAGAUGCAGGCCUCCUCAAUCCCGGUGGUCAUCAUCUCCAACUCCAGCCAGCAGCAGAGCGCCUGGGCGUCCGUACUCUGGUUCAACCUGCUCAGUGUGGACACAAAGGAUAUCGUGUUCUUUGCCAACUCUCCUGCAGCCACUUGGCCGCAGUUUGGAGAGAUGUUGAGUUGGCAGUUUCUCUCUGCCACUAAACGUGGUCUGAAUGAGGAUCAGCUGGAGAUGAUUGCACACAGACUCUUUGGAAAGCAGAAGAAUUAUGACACCUGCAAAGUACCUUGGUCAAAAUUCACCAAGGAAAAUACUCCUGACACAUUCUGGGUGUGGUUUGAUGGCAUCUUGGUGAUGGUGAAAACAUACCUUGAAGACAUGUGGAGGGAUGGCCUCAUCAUGGGUUUUGUGAGCAAAGGCAAAGAGAAGUCCCUCCUGAAGAAGAAACAGAGAGGCACCUUCUUGUUGCGCUUCAGUGAAAGUGUCAUUGGGGGAAUCACCUUCUCCUGGGUGGAAAUCACCAUAACUGGUGAGCCUGAUGUGAAGACGGUCCAGCCCUUCACCAAGGUGGAUCUCUGCCAGAUUCCCUUCCAAGAAAUCGUCAGGAAUUACCAGAUCUUUGAAGCUGAGAAUAUCCCAGAGUGUCCUCUUCUCUACCUGUAUCCCAACACCCCGAAAGACGAGGCUUUUGGAAAAUACUACGCUGAGAAGACUGGAAGUGACAGUCUUUACAUAAAGUACAUCAAAACCAAGCUGGUGUUUGUUUCAAAGGAGAAAACACUGGAGGCUAGGUCACCCAUGUCCUCUGACAUGGGACAGGGUGAAGGCUCGGAGCCGAUGAAUGCCCUGUGUGGAGAGACAGCGGAACAAGACGGGAGUCCUCAUUCACUGCAGUCACCUCUGGAAACGUAUCACCCCGAUCCCAUGCUGUCUGACUCGGUCGCAGGCACAGACGAUGAGUUACUGAUGUAUCUCAACAACCCCAACAUCUUUGCUGAUUCUGACAUCUUGCAAGAUGAGCCAUUGCUGCCUGAUUUUGGUCUUUCAGGAUUUAAUUGCCUGCACCCACAAACCUGUGGAAGCAUUUUCCAAUAAGCCUCCGUUUUGUAUAUUUAGCCAAACCACUAUGUCAUUCAUCAUCAGCUUUACUUUUAUCUACUUACAUUACAACACCCAUGUCAUAAAACAUGUUGCAUAUGUAGCAAAUCUGUGAACAUCAUAGUUGGCAAUUUUAAUCUGAAAUACUUGACAGCCCCUCCAUUAAUUCAGAUUUCUGCUUUUUCAAUCUGGAUCUGAAUGAAGCUGUGCACCUUGAAAUCAUUAGAAGAUAUUUAUAAUUCCCUUUUAUCAUGUUGUAUUAUUGUUAAUGAUUCAAUGAGACUAUUUGAAGACACGAAAGCGAGAUAAUUGAAUUAGCUCGACUAAUAUCCACUCCGGUAGUGUCCCCAGGCUCCUGUAUUAGACAUCUCAAAUAUCAUGCAGCUGUUACUUUAAGAUAAGACUUCUAAGGAAGGAUGUAGAACUGACCAUGUAAGCAGAGUAUGUUGCGCAGACUACAUAUAAUUUAUUGUUUUAAUUUGUUGUGAGUUCCUUUGAGUUCACUCUAUUGUUGCCUGCAGCUUGUGAUACAUUGUUCUUCUGACACAUGGCACUUAUAUGCUUUUAUAUCAACCUGCUCAUUUAAAUCAAAAUCAAAUUGUAUCACCAAUAAAAAGGGAAAUAAUUUGAUUGUGUGUUUCGUUCAUUAAAUGAAAUGUAAAUUAAUGAGAAAUGUUUUUUUGAUACAAUGUUCACUGUGUCUUGUAAUGCAGAUUGAAUUCAUAGACUGUCAGACUGCAACACCAAAUCUUAUUAAACUUGUAUAU